AUGGAAUUGAAUUCGUGGAAAAAUCGAAUAGAGUUUUGUUUAUUUUGUUUUUUUAAUGCCUCUCAAGCUUCAACCUUGACCCCUCUGUCUACAUUAUGGUGCAUCACACAGCAAGCAUUUCAUUCAUUUAACAUUCGAUUCACGUUAGACAAAAAAGUGGCCUACAUUCUACGCUAUUCAAGUAAAAUUGUGCAACUGAUUCGACGAUUGAGUCAUUAA